CAAGAAAGAAGACGGUUACGAGUGAAAAUCAGUUUUAAAGCUACAAGAUUGUGUGUAAAUAAUUAAUAACAUGGAUUUUUCAAGAGAUGCGUUUUUAAAUGAAACGAUCCAGCAGACCCCAAAGCCAAGAGCUUACUCGACAGUGACCAAGAAGAAAAAGGAAUUGAAGCCCUUACAUUUUAGCGCCUCUCUGGGAGUGUUGCCACUGGAAGAAGUUGCAGAGCUUGAUGUGCCCCGAUGUGAAGCACCAAAUGUAUCUUCUUUAUCAAAAAGUAACGGGAGAGUUUCUUUUCACAAAAAAAACAUUGCUGAUAGAUCCGAAUAUACCAGAUUGAUGGAAGAAGCAUGCGAACCAGAUAUACCAUCAAAAUAUUUCCAACCGGAAACGCAAAUAGAUACACGAGAGAGUAACAUGUCGAUGGAAAGCACAGUGAGUGAAAGCGAUUUGGUUGAUGAUCGAAGGACAUCAACUCAGAUAGCUAAUAUUUCGCAGCAACUGAGAAAUUCGGAUGUUUCGAUCAAGGAGAUUUACAAUAAAUAUUUUCUUGCUAAUUCGACGUUUGAGGAUACGUUCGAGACUGCAGAAUCCGCAACAGAGAAAAUAAAUGCUGAGGAAAUGUUUUGGCGCAGGGAGCACGAUCUGCCUGUGAAAAGUGUAUCGAGGUUUUCUCAGCCAAAUUCCAUUUCAGAAAUGUCGAUGGGAGAUUUUUUCCGCAAGAGAUCGGAUAAUUGUUCUGUUAUGUUCCAUGGAAAGAGUCCGGAGUGCAGGAAACCUGUGCCGUUGGUAAACGAUGAACUGACAACGGUGGUGGAUGAGGGUAGAUUUUCGACGGACGGUAGUGUUUUAAGUAUUUCGAAGAUACAAAAUAUGAUCUCGAAUGGGACUGAAACGCCGAAUAAAUUGGCAGAGAAACUGGUGAAAUCGAAAUUUUCGAUUUUAUCUAAGCCGUUGGAUGAUGAUCAUUACUAUGGUAGCAAAAGUUUGGAUUCGCCAAAUACUAAGAUUAAUAAAUCCGACGCUAGAAAAUUCGUUAGCACCACGGAUUUGGCUUGCAGUAAAUCUAUGAGCAGCCGCGAGAAGAACAAGGAAAAUAUGAAUAGGUCAGUACAUUCUAUGAAGAGCGCUUGCAGUAUUGAAACUUUGUCUGGAGUUAAAAAUCCAUUGGUGUGCACCAAAUCGGAAUUGGUUUAUGGAUGUGUAAAAGUGGGAAGAGUUGCGACUGAAGAGUUUGUCGUUAAAAACCGUUCGGAUCAUCGAAUGAGAUUCCAACUCAACUCCAGCAAUCUGAAUUAUAAAAUCUCGAAAUUGGAUGCAGAUCCUAUGGCGAUGGUCAACAUCUUGUUACACCCGAACGAAUGCAGGCAAUUCACGAUAACUUUUUCUCCCACGACGAACGGUGUUCAAACCGGUAAAUUAUACUUUUAUCCAAUGAUCAAAGGCAACAUUCGUAAGGAUCAACAACAAGUUAUAAACCUAUUCGGAUAUGGUGGACACUCCAGCAUCGAGAUGUUAAGUCUACCCAAAGACACUUCGGGUAAACUAUGGUUGCCACUGGGUAGUUUAAAUAGCCAAAACGAUUCGAAGAUGAUCAAGCAGUUUGAGAUCAGGAACUCUGGUAGUUUGCCCGGUUUCGCGCAUUUCAGCGUUAGAUCGAAGAGCCUUUAUUCUUUCGCAACGAUCAAUUUAUCGCCGUCGUCAGUUGUUUUGCAGCCGGGACAGCAGGUCUCUAUUCAGAUUGAAUACAUCUUGACGAAGGACGAUUACAGGAUCUUCUGCAAAACGUUCAACGGCGGAUCUGAAGUCACGGAAAUCGCACACAUCACGAUAGCGUUUGGACCGGAGGUGUUGAGAGGACGAUUAAGGAAAUUGAAUGAAUACGUAUCGAAGAACAAUCUGAUGCCCGACAAAUUGGUGUGUGAACUAACGAAGAGAUUUCCAGGCGAAUGCAUUCCAGACGAUCUAAGAUAUUACAAAGAUACAGUGAAGAACUUUCACGUCAUACUGAACGAAUUGCUGCGCAAAGAAAUAACUGUGACAGUCGAACAGGACAUGGACAAAACUCUUUGUCCCGAAGCUAUAGAUGAGACGUCGCAGUAUCACACGUUAAUGAAUGACUACAGCAAUAUGACGAUCUCGGAUAAGAGCGAUGCUGUUGUGGACUUUUUAACUGUUGAGCCAUCGAAAAUUCUAUUGAAUCCGCCUUAUAAAAUUUCAGAUUUGAUUAUUUUAUCUUGCGCUGGGUCAAAAGAUGUUCAGUACGAGAUCAAAAUGGAACCGGAAGGAAUUUUGAAGAUUAGCAAUCGAAGGAACGUCAUAAUGCCUGGUCAGACUAGAGUUAUCAAUUUGGCUUGCGCCGAGGUCCGUAUGGACGAGAGACAGAACGUUAAAGUUUUUAUAAUCACCGAGAAUUCGGUGCUGAAAGUCGACGUGAAUAUUAUUAACAAACUAGUUACUUGAUUUUUAUUAUAUAUUUUAUUA